AUGGCUUUUAGAAUACAUGAAGAUCAAGAAAAUGCCUCUUUAGGCUUAAGAAAAGACAGUGCUGAUGUGUUUGGUAACCAACGUCGAGCCCUGGGCGACCUCAGCCAGUUUGCAUGCAACCAAAGUCGGAAUUUGAAACUCCCGGGGCUGACCAACGGGUCUUGCAAAGUUCAAGAUGAGAACAGGACAAUGCGUCAGAUUAAAAAUGAAAAGAACAUCGUACCACCCGUGGCGCAAUUUCGCGCCUUUAGCGUUUAUGAAGACAAACCCACGGAGGCCGAGGUCAAGAAAAGAGAGCACACAUUUAAGCCUUUUGUUGCUAAAGAUACCAAGAAGGAUAGCAUAUUUGUCAGUAACGAGAGUACAAAAACGCUGUGCCUUCAAGCUGAGAAGAAACCAGAUCGGCUGAUCGAACCGCCUUCAGUUCGGCCCCUACAAGAGAAGAAAAAUGUGGUUGAAUCUCCAAUGUCGGUUGUGGACACCAGUGUGCUCUCUAUGUCAAUCUCAAAGAAUGAGAGUCAGAUCAUUGAUGAUGAAGAUGAUGAUACAACCACUGCGCAAACUGAUCGGGAGAUGUUCUUCCAUGUGGUGGAAUACCGACAAGACAUUUAUGAGUACAUGAAGGAGAUUGAGGCCAAGAACCGAGCCAACCCCCGCUAUAUGCGCAAGCAGCCAGACAUUACACACAUAAUGCGUUCUAUCCUCAUUGACUGGCUGGUUGAAGUGUGUGAUGAGUACAACCAGCAGAGUGAGACCUUGCAUCUGGCUGUGUCUUACGUGGACAGGUUCCUGUCUUACAUGAGCGUUGUGCGCACUAAACUACAGCUUGUGGGCACAGCUGCUACUUACAUUGCUGCUAAAUAUGAAGAAGUGUAUCCACCAGAAGUGUCAGAGUUUGUGUACAUCACAGACGACACAUACACGAAGCGCGAGGUACUGCGCAUGGAACAUCUUAUCUUGAAAGUUCUGUCAUUCGAUCUGUCUACACCAACCUCCCUUGCCUUCUUGUCUCACUACUGUAUUUCGAAUGGGCUUUCCAAGAAGACAUUCCACCUUGCUGCUUAUCUUGCUGAACUUUGCUUGCUGGAGGCGGAUCCCUACCUGCAGUUCAAGCCAUCAAUCAUUGCGGCAAGUGCACUAGCGACCGCACGUCACUGCCUUCUGUGUGAGCGCUGUACAGGCGAGGACUGUGAGAGGCGUGACUCUCGCGACGGGAAAGAAAUAAGGCCUCACGCUAGUUGUAGUGCCCUGGCCUGGCCCGCCGCGCUUGUCACCUGCUCCGGCUACUCCCUGGCGGACCUUGAUGCCUGCCUUCGGGAACUUGCACGCACACACUCUCACGCCUCGCUACAACCUUACCAAGCUGUACCCGACAAGUACAAGAGCAACAAAUUUGAUGGCGUGUCAACGGUUGAGCCGAGACCAAUGUUCUCAGUGCCCAAGUACCAGCCUCCAGCGCCAGCCAACGCCGCCAGGCCGGCUGACAAUACUCGAAGCAGCUAG